GUGGCAACGUUUAUUAAAGUUGGAGAUUAUGAAACACUGCAAAUAUCAUCUGCAUUCAUUCAAGUAUUGCACACUGAAUGCUAGAAUACUUUUACAAUAAUUGAUACAGACUGAUAGGAAACAUUUCCAGUCAUUCUAAGAUUACGCACAGCGAUUGGCACGUUGCCUAAAUAUCUCAGUGAUUAAUGUGAGCAGUUAAACAACAACCUAUUCUUUUCAAUGGAAUUUUAGUUUCCUGACUCCGAAUGCGUGUAGCAAAAUAACAUUUAAACUUUCCAACUAAUACAUCUUUUUAUCAUAGCCCUACUAAAGUAUCAGCCCCUUCCAAAUGCUUAAAUAAUAGGAAGGCAGUGUGUAAUCUAUUUUGUGCUUCCUUGCUCAUCUUUAUCUGACACAUGUAGGUGUGUAUCUGCAGGAUUUGCAGUUUGAACACUCUGCAAAUAACCCCACUGACAGACCACUGCUCCCACCAUUGCUGUUAGCAGUUGUACUAAUAAAUCGUAAUUUUAACCAGCUAGGCUUGGAACCACGCUUAAAUCAGAGGUGGGCCACAGUGAGUGGCUGAUCUGAUAAUCAGGGCUGGAUAUCGAGCCCAUUUAUCAGUGCCACCCUGUAUUAGCUGAGGACACUCAGAGCAGCCCGGGCCUGCAGUGAUGCAAGCAGCUUUGGAGCGUCUUUGUCAGUGCAUAGAUUUCAUCAGUUGAAUUGAGUAGGAUGUGUUGGAGUUUUGUGGAAAAGUGACUCUCACUUCAGCCCAAACGGAAGCCCAUUUACUACAUUACAAGCUGCAUUAUCCAUCACCGUCACUCAUGUUGAUUUUCCGUCUUACACAUUAUUGAUGAUCCAAUGAAAUAACAACCACGAGCAUGCAGCACUGGAGCUGCAUGUGCUGGAUUCAUUAGCAGUGCUUAUCAGGUUUGAGCUGACAUUGUGAUCAUAGUUAAUAGAUUUCUGCUUGCGUCUAUGAACCGACGCUUGGCAUUGUUGCUGUGAUUGCUGCGGGAUUAAAGAAGAGAAAUAAGCUUAGCUGGGAGAAAUAGCCCAGAGAACCACGUGGCUAUGAUCAGGGAUUGAGAGAGAGAGAGAGAGAGAGAGGCAGAGAAGAGCUGCAGCGGGAAGGACCAGCACUCUUUGUACAGCCCAGAUGUCACUGUAGUAGACUACCAUUAUUGAUCCAUUGCCUCAUACACACACAUCCUGCCUGCACACCACACACACACAUGCACUCAUACUUUAAUUAGAUGGCAUUACAAUGGGAAUUUAAGAAAGGAUUCUGCCAAUUCGCGUGCAUCAACACCUUUUAUUGUAGAUUUAUCCUCUACCUUUUAAAAAUGAAUCUCCCGUGUGUCUAACAACCAUGAAUUGAAAACGUCAUAUGGAUUCGUUUAGGUACUAUCAUACCUAAUCAUUUGUAAAAACCAGCUUUUCUCGCCUGUGCAUUCUUUCCAACUCGUUUAUCUAGUCUAGAUUGGAUGGCCUUUCUUCAUAUUUGGUAGCCCAACAUGACACACACACUUGGCAUGUAGGUGUCUGUGUGUUUUGCAGGGUUUGGUAGGGAGGGGAUAUGGCACCCAAACUUAAUCCAAACUCACAGCAGCCCAGAGGGCAUUAAGGGUGGGUGGGGGUUGGGUGAACUGUUUCCUAAGCUGAGAGGCUCAUUUUUUAGCAUUUGGCAUUCUGUUCCAGUUAAUAAACACAUUCUAAAUAGGAAUACAAAUGUCCCCAUUUAGUUUUUUUACAUGAGAAAAUAGGUUUAGAUUCUUUUUCAUUUCUUUUUUUUUUCCUUUUUUUUUUUCUUCCUGGGAAAAUCCAGCUUCUUGCAUGACAUUGAGCAGCUGUUUGGGAGUUAAAAUAAAAGAAGUAGGUGAUGCCCAUUGUCACAGAACAGACAAAGAACAGGAAUGUCACUCAUAGGAACCUAAUAAACAGCUUUGAUUAUAAAAUGAUUUCUGGGAAGUAGGGAGCAGAAGUUCAGCAGCAAUUAACAUUAAGAACUUCAGCUGGAAACUGAAAACAAGAGAAGCAAAAAAGGAAGUUAUGGACUACCACCUUAAAAAUAUAGUUGCAAAUAUUUCCAGCCUUUCAUUCUUACUUUAGUUUCACUUUGAUGCAACUGCCACAUACUCCACCCCUUUACACAAACACACACCCUCGCACAGUGUUGUCUAAUCUCCCUCAAGGCACUCCCGUCGUUACUCCAUUUGGAUAUGAAAACAACUCUCAACUACAACAAACUUAUAUGCCCGUUCUUCUCCACUUGACUGAACCCAUCUCAGCAACCCCAUAUCCACUACAUUGUAAUCAUCUAUUAGUUCCAAAAAGUUUUGUUUUUUUUCCCCUUUUUUUGAACAGAAUCAGAGCGAAUGGAAGGGAGUGGAUGUAGUUUGUUCAGGACUGAGGGCCAGUGAUGUUGCAUGUCUGACUAACUUAGGGAAACAAGCUGGAAAUGUCUGCAGGCUACUGCAGCUAAUCAUUCAGCCCACAGAGGAACUGAUCGUUAGCCGCUGAUGUCAGCCUAACCUUGCCACGAUGUGUUUCAGCGAGCAGUGUGUAUGUGUGUGUGUGUGAUACGGGGCUUCAUAUGGAUGGACUUUACCCGGUCAAAAAAUGUUUGCUUGUCAUUAUAGAGGAGAAAUGCAUGAUUUGUUUCCUCAAAUUAUGGGAACAUACCUUAUAAAUACCACUACUAGGAUAACAAAUUCAUAUUCCCAAAGUAUGUCAUUGCAUUGCUUUUUAAAUGAGCAACAAUGUUAUUGACUUGUUAUGUCCUUUUUGCUGUAGGAAAAGAAAAAAUCCCUCUGUGGUAGGUCAGAUCCACUCAUAUGGAAAUAUAGAGGGCAGUCUGACUUCUCCUUUUUCCACAGAAACUGUUGGCUGUCUCAGAAUGAAUCAAAAGAAUGAAUAAUAGGAGGAAGUGAGCAGAUUUGUGCACCGUAAAAGCUUUAAUUAUACCAAGACCUCUGUGAAUUAGAGAAAAAUUUAAGCCUUCGUGUAGAUCCACCACUGUCAGAGUUUUACUCCUUACAUUUUCUUCUACUUUGAGUGAAUGGAAUGAAGAGGCAUUGAGGAAGUUGGAGCAGGAGGUGCUGUGCCAGGGUCAAGCAGGCUUUAGGGUCACUGAGGACACAGGUGGAUGGUAUACGUGCAGGCCCCUGCUAUAGAGAGCUCACAAUUAUGUCACUGGAAGCUGGUGAUACAUAUAAAAACUGAUGACGAAGAAACCUGCAAAAUGAAGAACAGAAGCGUGGUGCAUUAGCCACUCUGAUGCCUGUCCAAACUCUACUGACUCAAUGAUGACCUGAAACUAAGUGAUACCUUCACAUAAUUCUGACGAAGAGAUUGUUUCAUCUCAGUUACAUACUGUACGCUAGGCUUUUGUUAGCCUGAAAAAGCAAAUGAAAAGUUGCUUUUUAUGGUUUGAGUCACUGAAGAUGGAUACAUUGUGUGGCAUCCAGUAACCUGGAUUUUGCAAUCUCAGCUGCUCUGUUAGCAGCUUGAUCGCUGGAUGAUUGAGUGCAGAUAGCAUUUUUAACUGACCAGCAAAGGCACACUAUACAUCCCUAGAUGUACAGCUGCAGAUAGCAGUAGUUUCAAGUGUUAUUGAGCUUGUAAAAGGCUAGCUAGACAGGGUAGUUUAAUUUAUACCAUGAAUCCCAGAGACAGUGUGGAGGUAAUGGAGACCCAGGCAGGAGGUCAGAAGGAGAAGCUGAGUGGAGACAAGGCCAAUCCUGGAAAUGAGAUUGAGGGUGAGGACGACAAAAUCCCUGGGUCUUACGACUGCAACAUCUGUGGACGCAGCUUCCCUUUCCUGAGCUCAUUGUCGCAGCAUAUGAGACGGCACACAGGUGCACGCCCUUACAAAUGCCCCUACUGUGAUCACAGGGCCUCGCAGAAGGGCAACCUCAAAGUCCACAUCCGAAGCCACAAACUGGGCACACUGUCGAGCCAUCACUCUAAUGAAGAUGAAGAGGGUGGUGCUGAGGAGGAGGAGAUGAGGGUUUCAGAGGGUCUUGAUGGAGGUACCAGUCCAACUAAGAGCAGCUCAGCCUGCAACCGGAUGAUCAAUGGCGACGGUGGCGAGGAAAGUCGGAGAAAAGUGCCUGCAAGGAGCAUGAAAAGGGAAAAGUCUGUCACUGACCAGCGGCCUUAUUGUUGCCGUCUGUGUGGCUACGAGGCCCAGCGGGAAGAUCAGCUCCUCAGCCACAUUGAGAAAGUCCACAUAACAGCCGACACAGAGGAGGAGACCCCAGUUAAGGAAGAGGCGGUGACUGAACCUGAUGUCGUCCAACCCCAGAGCGACGGAACCUUCCCUUGUGAGACUUGUGGCCAGGUCUUCACACAAGCCUGGUUUUUGAAGUCGCACAUGAAAAAACAUGCAGGGAUCCUGGACCACUGCUGUCGGAUUUGUGGGAGACGUUUCCGUGAAGCUUGGUUCCUCAAAUCUCAUAUGAAAACACACAACACCAAAUCCAGGUCACGGUCAAAAGCAGAUUCAGCUGAGCAUCCAGCCACCAUCAACGAUGUAGCGCAGGAUCCUGAUAUUGUUACUGGCUCUGUUACAUCUAUCUAUCAGAUGUGCUCCAAAUGUGGGAACCUGUUUCACAACAGAGAGAGCCUGAGGGCCCAUGAUAAAGUUCACAGUCUCAGCUUUGGCAGGAAAUCCUCAAACAAAUGCAGACCCAGUGAAGACGAGGACUCACCAGCUGCUAAAAGACGAUUCCUCGACUGCUUGAACCUCCAGCCUGUUGAUGGAAAGACACUGAAUGAAGAGGAAGAAAAUGAGAAAAUGAUUCUGGGUCAAAGAAUUCCAGAGUUAGAUCCAGUUUGCAGCUAUCAGGCCUGGCAACUAGCCACUAAAGGAAGGGUUGUGGAGCCAGUGGAGCCUAGUUACAAGGGCUCCAAUGGCGGAGGAAGUAUGGGGGAGGAGGCCCUGGCUGGAGCCGCCGUGGUUUUUGAGAAAGAGAGCAGCCGUUACGUCCUGCAAGGUCAGGAGAAACGUAGCUCGGGCAGACGCAGCAGCUCUGGGUUGGGCAGCCACACCUCGUCAGGGGAUCGGACACCAGAGAGCCUCAGCGACUCGGAGUACCGCCCUUCAUCUCGCCAGGACAGACGGCGACCAUCCCAAUCUCAAGCUUCCAGCAAGUCCAACGAGUGCUUCGAGUGCGGGAAGGUGUUUCGCAGUCGUCACCAGAUGAUCGUCCACCAGCGGGUACACAGGAAGGAUGGAGGCCGGGCGUCUGUGGGUGACAAGGAAAGAGCAGCAAGAGAUGACCGAUGGGGUUCCACCAGCGAUCCAGAGUCAGGCUCCCCCAGCCGGCCCAGCACCCCAGGAUAUGGAGACUCUCCACCAGCCUCCACCCUUGGAGACCAGGCCUCAGAGAUGAGUUCUUCAAACUCUGGGGAGCCUGCAGAUGAGAAACCCUACAUCUGCAGCCUAUGUGACUUUGUCACCACAGAGUCACAGACCUAUUUGACUCAUGUUCAUGUCCAUCACUCGGCUGCCUCCAAAGAUAGACCCAGCCCCAUCCCCAGCCCCAGCUCCAGCUUGGACAGAAGCAUCCCCAGUGGUUAUCCCAAACUGAAGAAAGCUCUUCUUCAAGGCCUGAACAACUCUGCAUCCCCUCCUGCUUACCUUUCAGCCCGAUCCUCUGCACUCGAUCCCAGCAUGACCCCUGUGGAUCUCUGUGUCAGGGCUGAGGGUAUCAGGGGCAUAGCUUCCUCAGCCUUGGACAGAAAAAACCUCCCAAGCCACAAGUGCUCCUUCUGCUCUCACUCCACCCGCUACCCCGAGGUGCUCUGGAUGCACCAGACUGUGGCUCACCGCAUCAACAGCAGUAGCUCCAAUCUGGCUCCUAAAUGGGCUCUUAAAAACAACUCAAAGGGCUCCAGGGACAGCUUGUUAUCCUCCAGGAGACGAACUGGACCUCCGCCAGUCCUGGAAGGGAAGGAGUGUCAACCGCUGCCUCCACUGAUGCGCACCCAGCGUACACGGCCUCCAGCCUGCUCCACUGAGGUUCUAAAGAAGAGCAGGCCAGCCAGUCAUGCAGCCACACCAUCAUCAUCCUCUACGCCCUGCUCCUCGUCCUCUAGGGGCUCCUCCUCCACCUCAGGCAACCAAGCUGGGAGAGUCCCUGUACGGCCAGGCAGCAGCACCAGCAGCAGCAGCAGCAUCAGACAUGCGGAGGACCAGAGUCAUCAGUCUCGGUUCAGACCCAAAGUGGAUAUGUACCCACGAGGAAGCUCGCUGUCAUCUUCUAGCUCCAUGGAGAAGAACACUGGCACCCUCUCACGUUCCUCAGCCCCCAGCCCCAGCUCUGCUACAGCUUCCAGGAUGGCCGACCGCUACUUGAUGCCUCAAGAGGGUCUGGGCUUCAUGCUUUCCAGCAAACACGGCCUAGCAGAGUAUAGCCGAGCUAGGGGCUCCCCUCACCAACCGCUUCCCAACUCCCACAGCCAGGUUCGAGCGAACACUAUGAGGCCCAGCGCUAUCACCCAUAGCUCAGCAGCAAUGCACAACCAUGGCGCCUCCCAAGCACAGGGAGGCACUCUGCAGAGCUCCUCCACCCCCUCUUCCUCCUCCUCUUCCUCCUCCUCUUCAUUACCGUCAGAAGUUCGUGGAGAUGUGAAACACGAGCCAAUCGCAGAAGCACCAGAGAUGCCAACUGACAUCCUCACCUUCCUCAAAAACUACAGCCCACAUGAACUGGCUGCCCUCUACCACCGCUGGGGUGCAGCCAAUGCCCUGUUGGAUCCCACCGGGAUGCUGAGGUCUCUCAUGCGGCAGGGACAGUAUUUCUGUCAUGAGUGUGGGAAGAGUUUCAGUCAGCCCAGCCACCUGCGCACUCAUAUGAGGUCCCACACAGGGGAGAGGCCAUUCUGCUGCCAGCUCUGCCCAUACCGAGCCUCUCAGAAAGGGAACCUAAAGACGCACGUCCAGAGCGUCCACCAUAUGCCUUUUGACAACAGCCAGUACCCAGACACGAGGAGCUCGUUACUGAGCCAGGAGGAGCGAGGAGCUCUGGCUGCCAAACACCCACCAAACUCACAACAGUAGACCUUCUGACUGAUCGACCACGACCUGGACCCAAGGACCAGCCUAGUCAGGGAAUCACACAACAACAACCCCCCCUCCUCACAAUUCAUGAAAAUCUGGAAGUAGGACCCGAGACUCUUGAUUGACCUUUGGAGCUUCUCCUCUCCACCCAACAUCCUUUAAUGAUCUUUAAAGAAUUUUCUACAAUGAAGGUUCUUGUAGUUUUUGAAACUUUUUUUUUUUUUUAAAUCUUAAAGAGGCUUAUUACAGCUGUGCUAGGAAAUUUUAAAAUCACAAAGAGGGGCUGCAGCGGGAAAGAGUGUCUUUUCGCAUAAUUGAAAGAAUUUCUGGAGAAAGUCUGCUUUUAGAAACGGCGUGUGCCAGGUGUGCACACAGGUGGGGAACACUCUCACCACUGAAGAAAUGAAAUAUAAUGUCUCCCUAGCAGGAAAGCUGGACUCACCAACGUUCAAUCUUUGGCUUCUUUCCACUGAGAUGAAGGUUUGCAUCACCUGAAAGGAUUUCUGAAUAUAGAAGCCCUACAAAAUUCAAAGAGUUACCUCUUGCUGCCAUUUUGGAGGUACCAACAAGUAAAGCUGCCUCGCGCAGAUUUACAGGAAAAGCAGAGUUUCCGAACUCGAAAUGCAACUGCUCGCAUUUUAAUCAAGGACUGUGGAAUUGCAUGGCUGCUGUAGUUGCCCCCUCAACACUUUUUCUUUUUAGCUUUAUUGUAUGUGAGAGUUUGUGCAUUCCUCAGGACACCAAUCAUCAACCCGCAGCAAGAGAAGAUGCUCUGCAAUUCAUCAGCAGACGACUGGCACAUUGCAAGCUAGUCUCCUCUGGGUUUCUGAGUCAGAAGAUGAAAACCUGCAUCUUUCUGUCCGUCUGUGUGUGCGCGCGCGUGUGUGUGUGCGUGCUCAAGUUAAACUCACUUCCCUUCACUCCACAGUGUAACGGUGGGAGUGCAGUGACCACUCGGAGGCUGUGUAGCUGAUGAUUAGAAGGAGAGAGAAAGAUGGAGAGAGGUGGGAAUAGGAAGGGAGGGAGAGAGAGAGAGAGAGAGAGAACGCUAAUGGGGGUGUCUGCUUUAGUGCUCAUUAAAAAAAAGCGUGCGUUUUUAAUAGCCAAUAUAAAUGAGCGUCCCGUUUUUAUGGCCAUUCAAUUAUUGUCCAUUUAAGAGGAAGGGACUGAGUGGAGUUUUCCUUCAUAACUUGUUCAUAUUAGAGUGUUUCCGACUCCGACAAUUCUGACUUAAUAUUAGACUCCACAACAGUGGGAGUGGCAGGAAGAUGUUGACUCUAGAUUGCACAGAUUAUGCUUCAGCUUGUGUGCUUGCUAAGACGAACACGGUACUUCUCAUGUUAGGCAAAAAAAAAAGAAAAGCAUCUCGAUAUUUGCCAUCAACUGUUUAGCCUGUCGACUUUCUUAAAAGCUAUGUGAAUAAAUUUGAUGAAAAUUAGCGAAUGCCGAGUUCAGACUACACAAUAUUUUCUCUGAUGAUGUCUCAGAUUUGUUGACUUUAAAAUCAUGACAUCUUGCCAUGACUUUGCCGUGACACAUGACAUCAUCAGGAACGCCAUCAAUCGGAAACAAGAACGUCAGCAGUGGUGUGAAUGAUAUUGGCUGCUUUGUUCACAUAAGAAGAAUUAAAAAAGGAAAGAAAAGAACAAUUUGUAGAUCACACCAGAUGAAAAAUUUAGGUUGUCUAUCCUUUUGUCUGUUUUCCAUGUUGUGUGUGGAAGAUCUCAUUGGGCUCUUUUUGUUCAAUACGAUGGACAUGUUGUGGAGGUCGUCCCAGAACAGCACAGGAGGUCAACUCCUGUCAAAUUAUUUGUUGGGACAUUAUGAAGCGUCCUAGAUGCUUAAUGCAAAAAUGGUCAACUAUCAUAUACUGCACCGGAACUGUUGUCAUUUGGUAUUUUUUCAUCUGAUAUUGUCUAGUCUGAACCCAGCAUUAGCCGUCUUGGUAGAAAGCCUGCUAGCAGCACAUGAUACCGUAACGUGGUGUUUCCUAAUCAAGGAAUCACAUUACUGGGGUGGGAGAGAUUCAAAAACUUACUUUGUCUCGACUUUUUUUUAUUUCAAAAACAUUCCUUUUCUUCUUGUAAAAUAGUUGAAAGGUUCUAAAACUUAUUCAAAUGGAAUAAAAUCAGAGCCAAUUUGCUGUUUCUCUUUGUGCUACGCUAAUUUAGCCACCUGGAUGAACCUAAUGGGCAGACAUCACAGUGAUGUUCUCAUCUGACUCUUGGCAACAAAGUGUGUGAGUGCAUUUUCUCCCACAAUGUUAAACUGUUGCUUUAACGCGGGCUGGUUUGUUUAGCACAUAAAAUGGGCACAUGAGUGAACAUAUCCACCGUAUAUUAGCAUGCUUAUUGGACAUGCAACAAGCGACGCGAUAAGCAGCGACGCAGAGCUGAUUUUGUUGCCAGAACAUUUAAGCAGUCUAAUGAGCCAAUCUCCCGUGCUGUCAGUCUAAUUCCUUGAACGGUGAUGUGAAGAUUUACAUUCUGGGGGGGGACAGAGCGAGGAGGUGAGAGAGAGCAGCCAGAGGUCAGGAGGUCAGGCUUCCAGAGAGUUCAGGGAUAAAUACACAAGGUAGAGACAUUUUGAAGCCUAUUGAAUUGUAGAGCUGUCACAGCCUUAACACAAGUGUGUGCGAGUGUACAUUUAUGUGUGUUUGCGCAUUCUCUUCAAACCUCUGUAUACUGUGGAAGAAGUUGACCCAAUAUCUGCGUACUCCAGCCUCUGUCUAGAUGCUUAGCCUACCUCCUUUGCAAUGGAAGCCUGUUAAAGUUCAAACAUGAAGCAGGACUAUUUGUUUUUUCACCCCUAAAUGGUCCCCAAGAAAAAGCUGAACCGUGCUUCAACAUGUCGGGGAAAAGAAGAAACAAUGCAAAGCAGCUCAAAAGCUUCUAGAGCAAGACUGAAACUGUCAGUUUCUUAGAUUCAAAAUUCGCACCAGUUAACGACAACCGAUCAUACAGAGUACUGUACUUCCCAUCUAUUUUAAAACCUCAGUAGUUUUUACACAAACACAGCGAUGAAAUGGUUGCUUUACCAGUUGGUUGUUUAGUUAUGCAUACAAUGUUGUGUGCUUGAAUAUGCCUAACGAUACACAGACGUGUAUAUUGAAGGUGUGGGUAGUGAAAAUACUUGAAAUGGAUACUCUAGCCUUUGAGGUAGUGUAGUACUAAUACCAAUGUUGUACAGAAUUCCCUUUAAGAUUAACUCCUCAGUUAUGAAUUUGUACUCCGAAGUGUGACUUAGAAAAACUAUGAAGCAGGAGUGAGUGUAUGUAAUAUAAAGUGUAUAUCUGUAAUCCACUCUUACCAAACCCUUUAUAUACAGCAGUAGAAACCAAAUGGCAUUACUAGUGCACUUAGACUAGGUUAGUGCUUUAACCAUUCUCAUUUUGUCCAUCUCUAGCUAAGGUUUCUUUGAGAAUGUCUUUUUAUUGGUGCCGGCUAACACACUUCAAUGUAAUUUCUGGUUUAGAGGCUUUUUUUGUUUGUUUGUUAGAAUGAUUCCAUAGAUACGAAUGACAGGUUAUUUGUUCUGUGGCACAGCUUUUUUAGCUAUGUUUCCUCAUGGACAGUUUGAUAAUGCUAGGUGCGCAGUGCUUAUUUUUUUCAGAAAGAUGUAAGAGUGUGUUUUUAGUCUUUCUCUUUGCUAAACUGUAGGAUUUGUUCAGUAGCUAGUCAUGGCUGCCCUCCCAGAGGGGCUGGCAGGUGUUGUUCUUCUCUCUUUGGUUGGGUUUUUAUCAUGCCUCUUAAGUUGUAUUAUUUGUGUCCGUAUUGCUUUUUUUAUUUGUUAUGAACUUCAUGAUUAAUUUACCUUAGAAGACAUUAUUAUUCCAAAUGUAUUUGGUUGAUAUCUGUAUUUAUUAUCACUUCAAAAAGGAUAAGAGGACCGAGGCAGACAGGAGUGUUUGUUUUAAUUUGAUUUUUCUGGGUUGUUUUUGUUUUUAUACUGUGUAGUUUUCAAGCCAGCAAGCCGAUGUGAAAGCUCUACCUCGUCUGAGCCAUUCUCAGUUCUGUUACUUUUGUACAUCAUUUCAAAAAGAUGUAAUGUCAUGUCCACAAUAAAGACACACAAAAUGGCA